CCCUCCUGCUGCUCGAGGAGCCGGCCGCCACCAUGAAUGACACUGUAACCAUCAGAACCAGGAAGUUCAUGGCAAACAGACUUCUUCAGCGUAAACAGAUGGUUAUAGAUGUCCUUUAUCCUGGAAAGGCGACAGUGCCCAAGACUGAAAUUCGAGAAAAACUGGCCAAGAUGCGCAAGACCACUCCAGACGUCAUUUUUGUCUUUGGAUUCAGAACCCAUUUUGGUGGAGGCAAAACAACAGGCUUUGGCAUGAUUUAUGAUUCCUUUGACUAUGCAAAGAAAAAUGAGCCAAAGCACAGACUUGCAAGGCAUGGCCUUUAUGAGAAGAAAAAGACAUCAAGAAAGCAGUGA